AGGGGCCAGCGCGCACCCCUGCGUCCCCGCGCGGCUCCCCGGGUUCUCUUCUCCCGCGGACCGUCCGCGCCGCCCAUGGCCGAGGUGGUGGAGCCCGACCCCGGCGCGGCCGAGGACCCGGCGGCCCCGGCCCUGGAGACGCCGGCGUGGAAGGCGCCCGAGGACGCGGGCGCCCAGCCCGGAAGUUAUGAGAUCCGACACUAUGGACCGGCCAAGUGGGUCAGCACCUCGGUUGAGUCUAUGGACUGGGAUUCGGCCAUCCAGACCGGCUUUACCAGACUGCACGGCUACAUUCAAGGCAGGAACGAGAAAGAGAUGAAAAUAAAGAUGACAGCUCCAGUGACGAGCUACGUGGAGCCAGGGUCCGGGCCCUUCAGCCAGUCUACCAUUACCAUUUCCCUGUAUAUCCCUUCCGAGCAGCAAUCCGAUCCGCCCAGGCCCUCGGAGUCAGAUGUCUUCAUUGAAGACAGGGCCGGAAUGACUGUGUUUGUACGGUCUUUUGAUGGAUUCUCUAGUGCCCAAAAGAAUCAAGAACAACUUCUGACGUUAGCAAGCAUUUUGAGGGAAGAGGGAAAAGUUUUCGACGAAAAGGUUUACUACACUGCAGGCUACAACAGUCCUUUCAAAUUGCUUAACAGAAACAAUGAAGUGUGGUUGAUUCAGAAAAGUGAACCCUCUGCCUCAGAGGAAAAUGAAUGAGAAAAUGCAAGGAGGUUCCAUCGCAGAAGCUGAGCUUAAUAGGGACAUCAGCCUACCUAGAUGUAAAGUGUAUGUUUAGUCCCUCUGCCUGAAGGCACGGCUAUGAAUUAAGCUUGCUUCCAACGUGCCUUGGGAUGCUGGAAGCUUCAUCUAGAUACACAUAUCAGGAUAAUAUUCGAGGCUCUGUAAGUUGGUGAUGCUGGAGUCUUUGUUUCUCCCAGGCUCCAGAGAAAUGCUGUUACUUCUACACUGUGUGACAGUCACGUUACUUUUUUUUGUUUGUUUACUUGGAUUUGUGACCAUUGAAUGUUAUUUUCUCCCGACAUUAUCAGUGAAAUUUAGAAGAUUUAUCUUGGGUUAUCAGGAUAAAUAGGCUAUCAGGCCUAGAGAGCUCACAUACACUUUGACACACACAAAAUGAUUAUUUUUUCUGUUACUGUUACAGUCUUUGCUGAGUCCUCACUCCUGACCACCUGUUGCCUCUAGCCCACCCAAGAAAACUCACAGUGCGCAAAAGUGUUGCUAACAUUUAUGACAAUACAUUUACAAAGCUGAGAAUUUCUUACUCUAUUUUGAUGCUUAAUAAAGGCAUUGCUUCCCUCAGAAGAAAUAAUGUUUUAAAAUUUACUUGGAUGUUGGGAGAGUACAAAAGGGUACGGUGCUUACUUUGUAUAUGGCAGAUCCUGGCCUAUCCCCAGCACCUCAUGUGGUCUCCUAAGCCCUGUCAGGAGUGAUUCCUGAGCACAAAUUCAGGAGUAAGCUCUGAGCACUGCUGGGUGUGGUCCAAGACCUAAAUAAAGUUCAAGUGGAUUUUAAGAGUAUUUUCUAUUUUUUUUCUUUUUGGAUCACAUCCAGCGAUGCACAGGGGUAACUCCUGGCUCUGCACUCAGAAAUUACUCCUGGCAGAAAGAGAGAGACAGACAUAGGAAGAUUGCACUCAUCUGUGGACUAUAGAAUAACAGACUAUAAGACUAACACCCAAGAAUAGUAGAAAUAAGUACCAGGAGGUUGUCUCCAUGGCUUGGAGGCUGGUCUCUCAUUCUGGGCAACUCAGAGAAGGGAACACCAAGUAAAAUGUGAUUGGAGGUCAUGUGGGGGAAAGAUGAUGCGGGCCCAAUAUAGGCUAGAGACUGAACACAAUGGCCACUCAACACCUUUAUUGCAAACCACAACACCUAAUCAGAGAGAA